UAGCCUACGUCUCUGACCGCUCCGCGCACUCCAGAGUGCGAAAGGGAACUUCAAGUGCAAACUGUACCAUUGCACUUGUGUAAUAGCCAAUGGAAGUAUAUUGCACUUUGGGUUUUGAUGAAGGAAGUCACAAAAUACCUUUACAGAAAAAAAAUAAACGGCAGAAACCUGAUGUUUUUGAAUGUGCAUUGGAAUGCCAUAACUCAAUUUGAUCAUGUUAUUGCGCUUCUACGGUAUAACAUGAUUUGAAUCCGUAUGGUAUUAUUUGGUGUAUUUUCUUGGUACGACUGAGUUUUAUGACCAGAAGUGUCCACCGAUAACACAUCGAGCACAUCGGGCGUGUACGUAGCUCUGUAGGAUGUUUAUGCCAAUGGGCUGAAUGAUGAAAUGUGUCUCCAGUUUGCGCGCCCAGGCUAUAAACGGGAAGAUGUUUUUCUUGCACGUGGCUGCGGGAGCACACGUUCCAAAAGUAGCUGUGUACCGCUGUGAUUGUAACGAUCUGCCUCUGGUGGAGUCGGGAAGACGGAAAAUGAACGUUGCUGUGAGCAGGGAACUGAACCCGGAGAAAGACUUUCAAACGAAGAAAAACACACUUCCCUUAUUCCUGAGGUACAUCCAAAGCCUUAUGGAGAUCUUGGACUUCCUCGACAAGAGCCCAGACGAUCACAGUGUCUUGGAAUCGUUUGUUGAGUCCCUGGAGACUAUUAGGAACAGGCACAAUGAUGUGGUGCCCACUAUGGCGCAGGGCGUCAUCGAGUACAAAGACGCCUUCGGCCAGGACCCGGUCACUAGCCAGAACACCCAGUACUUCCUGGACCGAUUCUACAUGAGCCGUAUCUCCAUCCGCAUGCUCAUCAACCAGCACACACUUGUUUUCAACGGGAACACCAACCCAGCCCACCCCAACACCAUCGGGUGCAUUGACUCCCUGUGUGAUGUCACUGAAGUGAUUCGAGAUGCGUUUGAGAGCGCCAAGAUGCUCUGUGAGCAGUACUACCUCGGGGCCCCUGAGCUGGAGCUAAGGGAGAUGAACUCCAACAAUGUCAGAGAUCCAAUUCAGAUCUCUUAUAUCCCCUCCCAUCUCUACCACAUGCUGUUUGAGCUCUUCAAGAAUGCCAUGAGAGCUACAAUUGAGACCAAUGAAGUCAGCAACAACCUCCCACCCAUCAGAGUCAUGGUGGCCCUUGGCGGAGAGGAUCUGUCAAUCAAGGUGAUGGAUAGGGGUGGUGGUGUCCCCUUAAGAAAGAUUGAGACACUAUUCAGCUACAUGUACUCCACAGCUCCCAGACCCGACUUCGGUGACAAUCAGCGGGCCCCACUGGCUGGUUUUGGCUAUGGGCUUCCCAUUUCACGCCUCUAUGCGCGUUACUUCCAGGGAGACCUGCAGUUAUACUCAAUGGAGGGUCAUGGUACCGACGCUGUCAUUCACAUGAAGGCAUUGUCCACAGAUUCAGUGGAGAGGCUUCCUGUGUUCAACAAGACAGCUCUGAAACACUACAAAGUCAACUUGGAGGCAGAUGACUGGUGUGUUCCCAGUAAAGAACCGCUGGACCUGGCCAUAUACAGAGUCGCCAAGUGAACUCUGACCUUUCAAUUACCUUAAGCCCUAAGGAGAGAGAAAAAGGGCCAAAUCUCAAUGGGACCUAAUGUUGACGUGGUGGUGGGGGGAAAGACGUCGCUGCCAAUCCUGGAGGAGAUCUAGAAGAGAAGAAGCUUCUGAUUGCACAGCUUUAAAACCCCUAGUGGUUUCCUGUUUCAGGAAGUGGGUAAACCCACUCACUUCCUGUCCCCACUAAUGUUGUGUUCCUAGGAAGGGGGGGUUCAGGGAGAGGGGACCGAACCAGUUGCCUUAGAAAGGCCAUCUUCCAAAGUGCAAGUGAUUGUCGAUCUCAAAUUAAACUGCUCCCCAAAUACGAGUAGUCUGAUCUGUAUGCUCCAUCCCACACCAAGGCCCUUAGCGGGAGCCUCCUGCCUCACUUACAAAUGCCUGGAUUUGGGGUUGACAGUGGAGGGGAGCAUGAAAGUGAAGGAGGGGUGGCGGAGAAGGAGAAAAACCAAGGCGGAAGUGGGAGAUCUUGUCAUUCCGGUAGAACAUGGGAUCGACCAUUUCAGAGUUGAGAAGGUUUAGGUGAAGUACGUGGUCAUGACGGUAUUCACUGUGAAGAAUAGCCACUUCAUUUGAGUGUCGUUUCAGUGGAGGUCGCAUCAUUUCAAAUCCUUAUCAGAGUAUGGAGAACACACAAAAAGGGGGUGUUACUUAUCAGUUAUCAGUGUUGUAAAGCACGGUGACAGCCAGCGACUGGUUAGCCUUGUUGGCACCUCCCUUUGUUAGUCAGAUCAGCCAUGUCCGGUUAUAACCUGUUAUGAAGGUUGAAGUUGUAGCAACAUAACUACUCGACUGUAUCACAUAGUAUGUGAAACGUGUGUUGUUUCAUGAGUGCCUAUUGCCAAGUGGUCCACAUUUCAAACAUCAAACAUUCUAAUGUCCUUGAUAAGUGCCUAUGAAUGCAGACAGAACAGAUUGUGCACAAAUAUUGGUCAUUGUUUUCCUGGUAUAAAAAUCCUUUAUUGUAUAUGGACCUACUUUUGUUUGGAUUGGUCAGUGAGAAAAUGUAUACGCAACAUUGUUUCCAUUAGCUUGAACAAAAUGUCCAAAACGCGAGCAAGUGCAGACAAUUCCUUGCCUGUGUGAAUAGCUUGAGGUAGAAGGAAAAUGUGGAGAUGUAUUUCCUAAGAUGGACGACUGCACUAUAGAAGUUUGUUAAUGGUACCACCGUAGUGACAGUUUGUCCUGCUUUGCAAUAGCAUGAACACUAUUGGUCCAGGUGUCUGCGCAUCCCUAAUUGUAGUUGACCCAGUCCACUGAGUAUCUUCUAAUCAAGCCAGAACACCAGUUUGGUUUGCAUAAUACUUGAAUUGAACAAAAUGUACAAUUCAAAUGUCUUAUUUUUAGGAAUAAAGUGAUUAUGUAAAAUAAAAGAUGUCAAAUAAUGAA